UACUAGAGUUGCCAUGACGACAAACCGUCGUGUUAUCAUGUCAGACUGUCUUAGAAUUCGAGCAGAAAACGUGCUGAAAGGAAAAAGGACGCACUAUGAGUGCAUUAAAAGCGUCGAUAGACUAUAAGAGCUUAGAAAAGGAACUUCACGCAGCUCUCGCAGCUGAUGAGUUAUAUAAAUUACAAAACGACGCUAAAAUUCGCGCGAUUGAACAAGCAGUGCCGACAUAUGAGCACUUCAGACAGAUGGUACAUGGUGCUCAUUUAAAACCUUUGGAUCGCAACGACAUGAAACCUAAAAUUGGUGUACAGUGGAAUCCAUUAAUUAAUUCUGCCAAAUCUCAUGACUCAACUGUGUUAGAAGCCUUAAAAAAAUCGACACGAAAUAAAGAUAGCAACGAAAGUAUCUUGAAAAAAUCUCGGAAAACGUGCAAGGACUUUCUACAAUCGUGGAAAACAAUUACCGACCAUUCCGAAAAGUUUACCUAUGUUUGGAAUCUAAGAAACGAUCUGCAACAUCACGUCUUUUGGGUGGAAAUUCCGACAUCUUUUCUCGGUGACUUUGCAAACGCAUGUCUGCAGCAUUUGUCAAAAGUGGAUGAUAUAACGCCAGUUAUAGAAGUUCUCGGUAAACUGAGCACGUGUAAUCGGUUCGAUUUGACGAAAGGUCGAAAAAGUACAAACACGGGGAACGAAAGAGCGCGUCGUCUCGACGCCUCCGCCAUGAGGCUGGAGGAGAUGCCGUUGCGGCUGAGCUCCGACGAGCGGGACUUUGAAAUGGACGACGAUGAGACUGACUAUUUGCUGCAACCGUCCGAGGACAGCAUCAGGCAGCUGACGUCGAGGCGACGGCGCAUCGCCAAUUGCUCCAAGUACCUGAAGAGCUGCCUUUGCGGAUGCUGUACUUGGAUGUGGAGGAGAUGCUGCAGAGAACGGGAAUUAAGAGCCAGAGUUAUUCAUAUUGGACAGCCUAUGCACGAGAAGUUUCCCACUAAUGUUAUAAGAAAUCAAAAAUACAAUGUUGUUACUUUCCUGCCUUUGGUCCUCUUUCAACAAUUCAAAUUCUUCUUGAAUUUAUACUUUCUGCUUAUGGCUAUAUCUCAAUUUAUACCAGACAUAAGAAUAGGAUACUUAUACACGUAUUGGGGGCCAUUGUGUUUUGUUUUAACUGUGACAAUUUUCCGCGAAGCCGUUGAUGAUUUUAGGAGAUACAAGAGGGACAAGGAGGUCAAUGCACAAAAAUAUUAUAGACUAGUGAAAGGUUUUGAUACACCAGAAUUAGUACCAAGUUCCAAAUUACGUGUGGGUGACUUGGUUAUAGUAGAAAAAGGUCAAAGAGUACCAGCCGACUUAGUAUUAUUACGCACAACUGAGAAAUCCGGCGCGUGUUUUGUGCGAACUGAUCAAUUGGAUGGAGAAACUGAUUGGAAAUUACGAUUAGCAGUGCCUGCAACGCAAAAAUUGGAAAGCAAUUCUCAGUUGUUUGAUAUUAAAGCCAGUUUGUAUGUCGAGAAACCUCAGAAGGAUAUACAUAGCUUUAUUGGCACAUUUUCAAGGUAUGAUGGUUACAGCAGUGAAGAAAGCUUGGGUGUGGACAAUACAUUAUGGGCCAACACAGCAGUGGCAUCUGGUUCCGCCCUUGGUAUUGUCGUUUAUACCGGUCAGGAAACGCGAUCUCUAAUGAAUCAUUCAGAAAUUCGAUCGAAAGUUGGUUUGCUCGAUCAAGAAAUCAAUCAAUUAACGAAGGUACUAUUUUGUGCGGUAAUAGGACUCGCACUUGUAAUGAUGUGUUUGAAAGGAUUUAGUGGACCGUGGUAUCGUUACAUGUUCCGUUUUGUCCUGCUGUUUUCCUACAUCAUACCGAUUAGCUUAAGAGUAAAUUUGGACAUGGGCAAAGCAUUUUACGCAUGGUGCAUACAAAGGGAUAAAGAUAUUGCUGGUACGGUUGUACGGACAACUACUAUUCCGGAAGAACUCGGACGUAUAUCGUAUUUGCUGAGCGACAAAACCGGCACGUUGACACAGAAUAAAAUGGUGUUCAAGAAGUUACAUCUAGGCACCAUAUCAUAUGGCCAGGAAACGUUCGAUGAAGUAACAUCAGUAUUAAAGACUUAUUACCCUACCGACAUAGAGCACUCACCGAUAAAGCAGGCGACAUCUGCGCACAGUGGGAAAGUCCGAAGAUCCGAGAAUACCCGGAUCUACGAUGCCGUGCAUGCUUUAGCUCUUUGUCACAAUGUAACUCCAGUAUACGAUGAGAUAAACAAAUCCUCGAAUCUGGAUUCGGUAAGCGUGCAGACCGUGGAAACUGGAGAUACUGGUUCCAUCCAAAGUCAAACUGAGGCGGAUCAACAUUACUAUCUAACAGAACAGAAGCGUAAUUACCAAGCCUCAAGCCCAGAUGAAGUGGCUCUGGUGAAAUGGACGGAGGAAAUGGGACUGGCUUUAGUUAAGCGAGACCUAAAUUCGAUGCAGUUGAAGACUUUGAACGGUCAAAUAUUGAAUUAUACCAUACUGCAAAUAUUCCCUUUUACUUCGGAAACCAAGCGAAUGGGGAUAAUCGUGAGGGAGGAGUCCAACUCUGAGAUCAUAUUCUAUUUGAAAGGUGCUGAUGUUGUAAUGUCUGGCAUUGUGCAAUAUAAUGAUUGGCUGGAUGAGGUAUGCGAAAACAUGGCACGUGAAGGUCUCAGAACAUUGGUUGUGGCAAAGAAAAAUUUGACAGAAGACCAGUAUCUCGAUUUUGAAGCAAGAUACAAUGCGGCGAGAAUGAGCGUCAGCGACCGUGUAUCGAGAGUUACUGCGGUGGUGGAAAGUCUCGAGAGAGAAAUGGAACUGUUAUGCGUCACCGGUGUUGAAGAUAGGUUACAAGACAGGGUGAGGCCUACACUGGAACUCUUGAGGAAUGCCGGAAUCAAGAUAUGGAUGUUGACCGGUGACAAAUUAGAGACCGCCACUUGUAUAGCGAAAUCCUCGCGUCUUGUGUCACGCACUCAAGGCCUGCACGUCUUUAAGUCUGUCGUGACGCGCACUGACGCUCACUUGGAACUGAAUACGUUUCGCAAGAAGCAAGAUUGUGCCUUAGUUAUCAGCGGCGAUUCCCUAGAGGUAUGCUUACAGUAUUACGAGCAAGAAUUUCUGGAACUUGCUUGCGGCUCACCUGCCGUCGUUUGCUGCCGAUGCUCACCCACACAAAAAGCCGAAGUUGUUAGUCUUAUACAAAGACAUACAGGCAAGAGAACAGCGGCCGUUGGCGAUGGUGGUAACGACGUUUCCAUGAUACAAGCUGCAGAUGCUGGAAUUGGUCUCGAGGGUCUUGAGGGAAGACAAGCAUCGCUAGCUGCUGAUUUUUCAAUUUCUCAGUUUAGCCAUCUCGCUAAUUUACUAUUGGUUCAUGGCAGAAGAAGUUACAAACGAUCGGCUGCAUUAAGUCAAUUUGUUAUACACCGUGGUUUGAUAAUCUCAACUAUGCAGGCUGUGUUCUCUGCAGUCUUUUAUUUGUCUUCGGUUGCCUUAUAUCAAGGUUUUCUUAUGGUAGGAUAUGCUACAAUAUACACAAUGUUUCCCGUCUUUUCAUUGGUAUUAGACAAAGAUGUAUCAGGAAAAAUAGCGCUUACUUAUCCGGAACUUUAUAAAGAACUUAGUAAAGGUCGUUCAUUAUCAUAUAAAACUUUUUUCAUGUGGGUUUUGAUAAGUAUAUACCAAGGAGGGGUAAUCAUGUAUGGCGCACUUAUAAUGUUCGAGGAUGAAUUUAUUCAUAUAGUAGCCAUAAGUUUUUCAGCGCUAGUUUUAACUGAAUUAAUAAUGGUUGCUUUAACAAUUAGAACUUGGCAUCAUAUAAUGAUGCUUGCAGAAAUCUUCUCUCUAGCGCUCUAUUUAUUAUCAUUGGUCGUUCUGAAGGAUUACUUCGAUGCGGAAUUUAUUAAAACAACGGACUUCUUAUGGAAGGUAUUAGUGAUAACACUGGUCUCAUGUAUGCCGCUGUACAUCUUGAAAUUUUUGAGGAAGAAGUUUUCACCUCCCAGUUACACUAAAUUAUCCUAAAAUCUUAUGCGGAAAUUAAUUUGUCUGCAUAUAGAUGACAAAGGAGGAUAAAACAUCAAACAUCGUAAUUCAUUAAUAUAAGGAAGAACUAUAUAAAAAUUUUCUUUCAUUUUACAAUAUAUCCCUAA